AUGGCCCAGCCGUACACCCCCGCCCAGUACCCCCCUCCCCCACAGAACGGCAUCCCCGCCGAGUUCGCCGCGCCACACCCACUGCCCACGCAGGACUACACGGGCCAGAGCCGCGUGCCCGAACACGCCAUGACGCUGUACACGCCCGCGCAGACACACAGCGAGGCGCCCCCUACAGACACGCCCACGCAGCCAGUGAAGGGAAGUGAAACAGUCCCAGUGUAAACAGUUAUGAACGUGUUGUCUUGUUUGUUUCCCUUCCAGACAGAUGACGUGUCACAGACAGAGGGCUCCCAGCCUCUGCAGCUCCAGCACUCAGACUCCUCAGAGAAGCAGCAGCCCAAAAGGUUACACGUCUCCAACAUCCCCUUUCGCUUCAGGGACCCCGACCUGCGGCAAAUGUUCGGGCAAUUCGGGAAGAUCUUGGACGUGGAGAUUAUCUUUAACGAACGAGGAUCCAAGGGCUUUGGGUUUGUAACUUUUGAGACAAGCACAGAUGCGGAUCGCGCACGGGAGAAACUAAACGGUACAAUCGUAGAGGGACGCAAAAUCGAGGUGAACAACGCAACGGCGAGAGUGAUGACAAACAAGAAGGUGGCCAACCCGUACACGAACGGUGAGUGUGUUUUUGUGUCAGGAUGGAAGCUGAAUCCAGUGGUGGGAGCUGUCUAUGGUCCUGAACUCUACGCCGUGACGGGGUUUCCCUAUCCAGCCACAGGGGCCACGGUCGCCUACAGAGGGGCCCAUUUGAGAGGCCGGGGACGGGCUGUCUACAACACCUUCCGCACCGCCCCCCCUCCUCCACCCAUCCCGGCCUACGGAGCUGUUGUCUACCAGGAUGGCUUCUACGGCGCAGAGAUCUAUGGAGGCUAUGCAGCGUACAGAUUUGCCCAGCCCACCACCACCGCCGCCUACAGUGACAGUUAUGGACGAGUCUAUGCAACAGCGGACCCCUACCACCACACGAUUGGGCCGGCCGCCACAUACAGUGUGGGCACUAUGUAAAUAAAGGAGGAGCUGUACUCAGUAUUGAUGGACAUCACAGAUGAAACCGGCG